AUGCCGAGUAGUCCUGUUCCCAUCCCGCCGCCCAAGCCAGUCAAGGAGGUGAGCGGUCCUGGUAGUCAAUAUUGCGGCAGUGUCUACUGUGGCUCACCUCAACUAAUCACCCGAAUCACUGCGACAGGACAGGUGGUUGAGACCUGGGGCGUGCCGCCGAAGCCGGGGUGCGAGCUGAGCAUCCCGCGGAGGUUUACGUCCAAGAAGAAGAGACGGGCGUCGUGA